CACCUGCCAGUUUGCAUUUGGCCAAGAAACGAGAAGAGGACCAAGAUGGGGAUCGUUGCGUCGUCGUGCGAGCACUGCAUCGGCGCCGCCGAAAAGCACAUUGAGAAGGUCAAGCGCAAGAAGCACGGCGCCGCGAAAGAACCGUCGCGCCUCAUCCGCAUCCGCCUCGACCGCGCCGAGGACCUCGCGGCCGCCGACUCGUCGCUCGGCGGCGGCGGCCUCAGCGAUCCGUACGUGAGUCUCCAGUUUGGCCGCCAGCGCCGGCGGUCGCCGGUCGUCGAUGAGAACCUCAACCCGACGUGGAAGCACGAGGAGUAUGAGUUUGUCGUGACCGAGUCGGACCUCGCGACGCACAAGACGCUCAUCAUCCGUGUCAUGGACUUUGACGCGCUCAGCGCCGACGACCUCCUUGGCUCGAUCGAGCUGGACAUGACGCAGUGGAGCGGCGCGACGACCAUCGACGAGGCAAAGAUUCAAGCGUACGACCUCAAUGUACCCGAGUGCUAUGCGAACCAAGGCGUCGCCUCCAAGCUGUAUAUGUCCAUUUGCUUUUUGACCGAGUGGGCGGCUGCGUCGUCGUUGACGCAGGAAGUGUGGGAACUGGAGCGCUGGCUCUCGACCAGCAACUCGUGGUCCAAGACCUACCUCGCCGAGACCCUCGGGGAUCGGCCUGCGUGGUACUGCCCCGACACGAAGCAGGGCGGUCCGACCUUCAAGGACGCGCUGCCGCCGUGCCCCGAGGGCUACAAGCCGUGCGGACAGUGGAGCUACGACGUUGUGCACGGCGACAUGAACGGGUGGCUCUACGCGACCACGUGCAAGGGUCCGUGGCGCAAGGAGAUGGGGCGCACCCACUUUGUCCGCCGCCGCAUGUGGAUGAACCAGUACAAGCGCAUUGCGCAGAUGGAGCCCGAGCCCGAGGUCGUCUCGACAUCGACGGUCUCGACGGCGCCGUCGUCCGGCACGUCGGUUUAAGGACAAGGAUCGCGCCCACCGUCGUAGCAAAUAUCCAUCAAUCACGUGUGCAUUGCGUUAAAGCUCCAAGAGUUGACAAACAAAACGUGUAAAAAGAACAAGUGCGUACCGGUA